AUGGAGAGCCGUGAGAGAGAAGCGGGAGGCUUCACAGGCGUGGAUGCCACGUCUUCCGCGCCUCGCGGCGAAUCUCACGGCGAAUCUCACGGCGCGUCUCACGGCGGGUCUCGCGGCAGCGAUUCGAAGAAAUCGAGGAGCGAGUCCAGUGGCGGCAAGGGGCGGAAGGGUCAGAAGCACAAGAAGCAGCGCGAUGUUCUGAAAGACGCCCAAGAAGCACAGGAACGACUCAGGCGACUCGCGGCGUCUGGCGGGGGCUCGCUGGCCGCCACUGGAUGGGGCGACGAGGGGGGCGACGGCGGGGGCUCGAUCGCGGCAACGGGAUGGGGCGACGAGGGGGUUGAUGGCGCAGGGGGAGGGCAGGGGGACAUGCAGGGGGGAAUGCAGGGGGGAAUGCAGGGGGGGAUGCAGGGGGAGGAGCAGGGAUUGGCUGUGAGUGAGUUUGUUCCUGUAACGAGUUUUGGUGAGGGUGAGGGUGAGGGUGAGGGUGGAAUGGUUGGGGUGGCUGCUGGUUGGGGUUGUCAGGGGGGUGAGUCGUCUGGUGAAGUGGGGUUAGGAGCGGUGGAGAUGGGUGGGGAAGUGUAUGGAGAGCAGGAAAGUGGGCAGUUUCAGGGCUACGGUGCGAGGCAGUAUGGUGGUGAGGCACGGGGGCAGUAUUGGGCGGAGGAGCAGGGGCAGGCUUGGGGGGAAGCGCAGUGGCACGAGGGGGAGGCGCAGGGGCAUGGGGGGGCAGGGGGAAGGCGCAGCUGGGGUGCGCAAGGGGAAAAUUACUGGGGGAGUGGGGGAAAUGGGUAUGCGGGCGGAGGGGAAGGAUCUGAUUGGGGCGGUAAUGGGGAAGGGGGCAACUGGGGCGGGGGUGAGGGGGAAGGGAGUGGGCGGAGAGGGGGAUGGGGAGGAGGAUGGGAAAAGGGAUGGGGCAGAGGCAAGGGGUGGCGGAGAGGAGGGCGGGGAAGGUGGGGAAACGGUUGGGGGAGGGGACGGGGGCAAGAGGGGGAGUAUGGGGGAGGAGGGGGAUAUGGGGUAGGGGAAUAUGGGGAAGGAGGAGGGUACGGGGAAGGAGGGGGGUAUGGGAGGGGAAGAGGUUAUGGAGGCGGAAGGAGGUAUGGGGGCGGGGGGGGGUAUGGGGGCGGAGGGGGGUAUGAGAGCGGAGGUAGGUAUGGGGGCGGAAGGGGGUAUGGGGGAGAAGAAUAUUGGGGAGGAGGAUUCACUAGGGAGAACGGUGAGCAGCAGGGGUGGCAGGGGCAAGAGGGGGCAACACAAGAGGGGGAAGUGCAGGGGCAAUACUAUAGGCGGUGGGAAGAGCAGGGAGGGGGACCGGGGAACUGGGGAGGAGUGCGGAAUACAGGAAGGGGAAGGGGAUGGGUGGAAGGGCAGCAGCAGCAGCAUUGGGAGGGCCAGAGGCAAAGUCAAGAGCAGGGGGAAGCACAUGGGGGUGGGCAGAGAUGGGAGGGUGAGAGACAGUGGAACGACUGGGGGGAGGGGCAGCAGAGGAGGGGUGGGCGGGGGCAGUUUGAGAGAAGGGGAGAGAAGGUGGGAUGGGGAGGUGAGGAGCAGAGGGGAGGGUGUGAUGGGGAUGGAUGGGAGGGGCAGGGGGAGAGUGGAGGGGAGUGGCAGUGGCAGAAGCAGCAGAGUGAGUCCUCCAUGCCUCAUGCCGAGUCUGACGCCUCUGGUUCGGGCCGUUUCAAGCCUGGCCCGGGCAGUGGUCCAGCUGGUGCCAGCUGUCACGACGGCGUUGGUGUGCUCUCAGCCACGGCGGCAGCAGAGGAAGCAGCUCGGAAGGAAGAGGAGCAGCGGGCGGAUGGGGGAGUUGGCGGGGGGGGAGGGGAAGGGGGAGGGGGAGGGGGAGGUGGGGAAGUGGAUGGGGACGGGCUGGCUGGGGGGACGACUCGAGAGGCCAAGGGGGAAGGUAGGUGGUCCCCGCACCUGCCCCAGCUGAACCUGUCUGGUGAUGCCGGCACCUCCCCCCAGGGUCUAUCGCAGCAGCAGCUGCCCCAGCAGCAGGUGUCUGUGUGUGCGGUGAAGCCGUCACGCAAGGCACAGCGCACAGAGGAGUGGUUGAGAGAGGCCGCCGCUGCUGCUGCUGUAGGUCCUGCUGCAGCAGCUGCUGCUGCCCGUGCGACAGAGGCAGAUGGGAGCUUGGCGGAAAGGGAUGGGAGGGCAGAGGGGAUUGCAGCUGCUCCAGCUGCAGCAGAUUCCCGAGCGGCGGCAGAUUCCCGGGCGGCAGCAGAUUCCCGGGCGGCAGCAGAUUCCUGGGCGGCAGAUGGCAGGGAUGGUGGUGGGUCUGAAGGAGCAGGGUUGGAGUUUGAAACAGCAGAGGGAACGACAAGAGGAGGCAACAAGGAAGGGUUUGGCAGCACAGAGGAAGGAGAGCAAGGGGGAGUAGAGGAACGAUGGGAGAAGGGAGAGGAGGAGGGAGGGGAGGGGAGAGCGGAAGGAGGGGAGGAGAGGGAGGAGGAGGAGGCAGGGGAAGAACAACGGGUGGAAGAAGGAGAGGAGGCAGGAGGCAAUGGCGCAUACCUUGACCUGCCAUCCAACACGUGUUCUUUCUCGGAUGGCGGCGACGGCUUUGAAUCGGAUGUGGACAGCGAGGAGGAGAUGGAGUCGCUGUUUCUCGACAGCACUCUGGCAGAUGACUGGCCGCUCUAUGGUGUCGGCAUGGCGGGAUUUGCAGGCUGUGGGGCAGGAGCGGAAGCAAAGGGAGGACGGAGGACGUCCACUCAGUACACAGCAGUGCACGUGAUUAGAGUGAAGACAGCAGUGCACGUGAUUAGAGUGAAGACAGCAGUGCACGUGAUUAGAGUGAAGACAGCAGUGCACGUGAUUAGAGUGAAGACAGCAGUGCACGUGAUUAGAGUGAAGACAGCAGUGCACGUGAUUAGAGUGAAGACAGCAGUGCACGUGAUUAGAGUGAAGACAGCAGUGCACGUGAUUAGAGUGAAGACAGCAGUGCACGUGAUUAGAGUGAAGACAGCAGUGCACGUGAUUAGAGUGAAGACAGCAGUGCACGUGAUUAGAGUGAAGACAGCAGUGCACGUGAUUAGAGUGAAGACAGCAGUGCACGUGAGUAGAGUGAAGACAGCAGUGCACGUGAUUAGAGUGAAGACAGCAGUGCACGUGAUUAGAGUGAAGACAGCAGUGCACGUGAUUAGAGUGAAGACAGCAGUGCACGUGAUUAGACUACCCGAGCCCGCUCACCGGUUCCUUCAGGACUUUGAACAGCCUCUCACUAUCCAAGUGCCGCAGCAGCAACAGCAACAGCCCAUUCGCCGGUUCCUUCAGGAAUUUGACAGCCUCUCUCCGUCCGAAUGGCGUAACAACAGCAGCAAAUACCGGCGCAAGGGCUGGCAGCAGCAGCAGCAGCAGCAGCAGCAGCAGCAGCAGAGGCAGAGGCAGAGGCAGUUCAAGUGCCCGGUUUGUGCUGGCGGGAAGGGCGAGACAGAGUGGUGGGACGGCGUGCGGGCGCUCCUGCAGCACUCGCUGACCAUCAGGAGUCGGAGGAUGAAGGAGCACCGCACCUUUGCUGCCGCUCUCGGGGAAAGGAUGAAGGAUAAGGGCGCGGGGCUGGUGAUGCUUGGCAGGGGAGCGGUUGGAGGGGAUACGGGGGGUGGAAGGGGAGGGGGAGAAAGGGGGAGGGGAGUGGGAAGUGGAGGGGAGGGGUGGAGUGUGGAGGGAGGAGGGAUGCGGAGAUGUGCGGCAGCAACAGUUGUCGCACCAGCAGCAUCACCAUCACCACCGCUGACAGCGUUAUCAGGGGGAGCAGCAUCGGUGCUUCUGGGGAGUCUCCCGGUGAAUCAGUGGCAGGGGUUGGGGGGCGCAAGGGCGAAGGGGGGGAAGCGGGGCAAUGAAAACGUGGUGUGGCCGCCAGUGGUGGUGGUGCGCAACACACACCUGUGUCCGGACGAGGAUGGAAUGAGCGUGGAGUG